AUGGCGCAGGCGGUGAUGGCCCCUAGAGAUGCAGAGAGAGCCGGGGCAGGCAGGGCUUGGGGCUUUGAUAUGUGCGCACUGCAGGACCCUCGACCCUCGCCGCGCUUGGCUGCCCUCCCCCCACAGCAGGCCAGGGCAGGCCGAGUAGGCGACUGCGUGCGAGGCCAUGCUAGGCGGGCCGGCCUGGUAAACUCUCUGGCGCCAUCCAUCCAUCCAUCCACCCACCCACCCACCGACGCCCGCCCCGCCGCCUCCGCCGCCGCCGAACCCCCACCCCCCAGCUGCACGCCGCAUGCACCUCUUGCGACACCCCAGCUGGCGCCCUCGCGCAGCACCCUCGCCGCGGGCCCUCUUGUCGCCGGCCGUGCUGGGUCAGCUGUGGCAUCGUCGUCCGGUCGGCAUGGCUGGCUGGCAGUGCUGUGUCGCUGGCUGGCAGACAGUAGGGACGCCGCCGGUGCAAAAAUGCCGCACGACAUGGCACUCUGGACGGCGGCCGCGGCUGGGCUAGGCCGCGGCGGGCGUCAGCAGCCUGGCAGCUUCGCAUCGCCGUGCCAUGUAGACAGUAGGGACAUGCGCACACACCUGGGCAGCGAGCGGGUGUGGACAUGGCCGCCUCGAGUCCAAUCUCGUUACGCACUCAUGUAUUGGCCUGGCGGGCCAAGGGCCGGUGCUAAGGCCCUACUUGUGCUCAGGCCCCCUGCUUCCGCCCAACCGCCAUUCGCUGCCCUCGCGAACCCGUCUCUCCGCCCAUCUGAGGGCGCAUGCAUGGCGCCUGCGCCCGCCUGCAGUCCUGACACGGCUCCCGAUGACAAGCAUAUGCACUGCAUCGGCUUUUGCUUUGAAAAGCAUUCGUGUCAACACCGCCCCGCCUCUGCCCCCCACGCCUCCAACGAACCCAUCCGACAUGUCGCGCCUCACUCUCUCUCCGCUUCUCACCUCACUAUCUUUUAUUGGGUAUCCCGCCCUCAGAGCGUCUUUGCAUUUGCCUCGCCUGCGAGCCCCGGAUUCCUAGCCCAUGGGGUUUUGGCGAGAUCGACGGGAAAUCAUCACACCAAUUCCUUCGCCUCCACGCACGCUGCCAACAUCGGCUACAACUCACUUGACUCCUAA